AUGCUAACUUCAAAAUCAUAUGAAAAAUUAAGCACUUAGCUUAAAAAGUUUAGAAGUAUUAAUAAUUUUAUCAGAAAUUUUAAAUUUGACUUCAGCAUCAAAAAUUAUUUAUCAGCACUUCAAUAAAUAGUGAAUAAUAAUUAGUAAAAUUAAAUAUUUAAGCUCCUUUGCUCCUUUAUUGAUUAAGAUUACUUAAUUUGUUAAACAAUUGAACUUAAUAGUCACUAUUUAUUAAUCUUCUCGUUUAAAUUUAUAAGGUAAUAUAGUAAUAAUUAUAAUAAUACGAUAAUAAUUAACAAUAAUUAGAAUUGAUUAAUAUAAUAAUAAAUAUUUUAAUUUAUACGUUGAUAUUUAAUAAUACAUGGAGUAUUAUAUUCACAUACAAUUAGUCCUUCUUAUUAAUGUGAAAGCAUAGGUAAUAAUUAUGAAUAAAAUUCAAUAAUUGAUCAUUCUCGCACAACUGUGUUAUUUUAAUGUUAACUUUAAAAGAGAUUUGGGGAAUUUCUGAAUUUGAAUUAUAAAUAGAUAUUGUCCGACAGGAUGUUAUUUAUAUAAUAAAGAUCAAUGUUUAGAUGA